GAUGUGUGUGUUUCCCUGUGCGUCAUGAUUGGCUGAAAGCGCAGAGGACGCCUUAAUAUUUAAUACUAAUGUUCCCCUGGUUGGCUGAGGACUGGAAAGGUCCAACCAAUGUUUUUUUACUUGCUUUAGUGGCUGUGGCUCCCUAAUUAAUUGCAGCUAUCUGUCUCCUAUCGAUGUGUGUGUACAUGUGUGUUGUGUGUGUGUUUCCUUUUUUCUCCCCAAACCGAACAUGAAAUAGUUUGUUGGGCUAUACUUUCUUUCUUCCUAUCUAUCCCCCCUUCCUUCCUUCCCGUCCUGGUUCGCAGGCAGAGACAGGACAGAUUGAAACCCAGCUGUGAUCGUCGCUUUUGGUCGUUGCCAUUUUCCCCCCUUAUUGCCCGGUGAUGUUGGAUAUGGGAGAGCGCAAAGAGGUGAAAAUGAUUCCUAAAUCGUCGUUUAGUAUAAACAGUUUGGUGCCCGAGGCCGUUCAAAGCGACAACAACAAUCACCAGAACCAGCAUCACCACCAAAACCACCUUCACCACCACCACCAGAACCACCACCACCGGCCCGGCGCCGCGGACGAAGCCGAGCAGAAAGCUCCUCUUCCCGUCGCGCAGCCGGACGUUAAGGCGGACUCUAAAAGUGACUCCUCGAGACAGGAGAGCUGCCCGGACGAGAAGGAGAAGCAGGAAGAGAAAAAGGACGCAAAGGACGGAGACGGCGGCGCUGGAGGGAAGGACGGAGAGAAGAAAAGCGGCAAGUAUGAAAAACCUCCUUUUAGUUAUAACGCUUUGAUAAUGAUGGCCAUCAGACAGAGUCCGGAGAAGCGGCUCACUCUGAACGGCAUUUAUGAAUUCAUCAUGAAAAACUUCCCGUACUACCGGGAGAACAAACAGGGCUGGCAGAAUUCCAUCCGACACAAUCUCAGCCUCAAUAAAUGCUUCGUCAAGGUGCCGCGGCACUACGACGACCCGGGCAAGGGGAACUACUGGAUGCUGGACCCUAGCAGCGACGACGUUUUCAUCGGCGGCACUACCGGGAAACUCCGACGGAGGUCCACCACGUCCCGAGCCAAGCUGGCCUUCAAGCGGGGUGCUCGGCUGACCUCUGGGCUGACCUUCAUGGACCGAGCCGGCUCCUUGUACUGGCCCAUGUCCCCCUUCCUCUCUCUACACCACCCGCGGGCAGGCGGCGCCCUCGGCUACAACGGGACCUCAUCGGGAUACCCGGGUCAUCCCAUGUCCUACAGCACCAUGCUCACCCAGAACAUGAGCAACAACCACUCGUCAUUCCCAUCCUCCAACGGGCUCAGCAUGGACCGGCUGGUCGGGGGGGAUCUCCCCUACGCGACGCACCACCUGACAGCGGCGGCCCUGGCGGCCUCGGCGGUACCCUGCGGCCUCUCCGUGCCUUGCUCCGGGGCCACUUACUCCCUGAACCCCUGCUCGGUGAAUCUACUGGCCGGACAGACCAGUUACUUUUUCCCUCAUGUCCCACACCCCUCCAUGACCACGCAGUCCGGCGGCAGCGGCGGCACCUUGCAGGCCGCCCGGGCUUCGGCCUCCAAUUCCCCGCAGGCUCCGUCCUCCUCCUCGCUGCCCUGUGACUCUCUUAGGCCCGCUCUGUCCGGCUCUCUGCCGGCCUUCUCCUCAGGACUCUCCGGGGGGUUAUCUGACUAUUUUACGCAUCAGAACCAGAGUUCAACCUCCAACCCGCUUAUACACUAACACCCCAAACCCUCACCCCCAGCCUCACCCCUCCACUUUAUCCCACCUCACCCCUCCAUCCAUGCAUCCAUCCCCUCAUUCUGCCCUGAAGGAGUGAGAAUCUUUAAGUGACUGGAACUGUAAGUUGAACAUUUUACACUGAACAUUUACAUUGUACAAAAAAUGACAAAAUUAUUAUAAACUACCUACUAUAGAAAAAAGAGAAGAGGCUUAAAACUGCAAAACAAAAAAGAGCAGCACUGAGAAACUAACAGAAAGCAGCCCUGAAGUUUCCAGGUAUUUUUUAUUAUUAUUAUUAUUAUUAUUAUUAUUAUUAUCUUAAUUGUUAUUAUUAUUAUUAUUAUUGUUAUUAUUAUUAUUGCUUCUUCUUCUGCUCCAUCUUCUCCAGCAGUUUUAAUUUUUGUGUACAUAAUGUCUGUUCCUAUAAGUGUCCGGGGUUUGUCUCUGUAUAGUACUGUCAGUCAGCGACGUGCAAUGUGAUCUGAGAUAAAAAACAAAACAAAACAAACAAAAACACAAAAAACAGAGAGCGUGAGGAGAGCUGCAGGCUGAUUUUUCUGUUAUUAUUAUUGGAGGAGGUAUUACUUUUAUAGAAUGUGUAUUUAAAAUAGUUUCGUCUAAUUUUAAGAUUUAAAAAGGUAAAAUAAUAAUAAUAUCUCUGAUAGCCUGUUUUGCCCGCAUUUUUGCAGUAUUAUAGGUAUCAUGCGGGGUUGAAGAAAAGCGGCGGAGAGUGAUUUUAUUUUACAAAAUUGAAACACAUUUUUUAUAUAUAUUUUUUUUAUUUUUUGUUUCUAGCGACUCUGCCUCCCGCAGUUUAAAGUCCCGAGACUGUUUCUCCACUCGUUUAAUUUCCCAGUUGAAAACUGCUAAUGUACUUUCUAUAGACCAAAGAAUCGGUUUUUUAGGAUUUUUAGAGUCAGUAUUCAGCUGCAUAACACUACAGGCCUAAUGUGGAAAGAAUUAAGGACUGAAUGAGUGAAUGAAUGAAUGGAUGGGAGAAGGUGUGGAUGACGGAGUGAAUGAUGCCUCCCUCACUGCAGAAAAUAUCCAUUUAAACGAGAUUUAUAUUGCUUUUUUGCAGUCUUUUUAAAUUAGCUGAAACGUAAAUGGAGUUUGGUGGCGCCGAUUUUUUUCAGCGUCAUCAGCAAAGGAUUGUUAGUGCUGCUGGAGAGAUUUUUUUUGCCUCCUGUUGCCUGUUUUUUUUAAACCUUUUGAAUUUAACUGCUCGUGCUAUAGAAAAUUCAGAUUUCAAGGCUGAAUAUUGAGCACAAAUUUCUCGUUUUGCUGAUGGAUAUUUUCCGCAGUGCAACCUGUGAUGUGCUUUCUUUGACUGUAAACGUGAUCGCCGAUAAAAACGGACGUUCACGCUUCUUUUCCUUUUAUUUCCUUUUUGUAUUAUUAGUAAAAAAAAAAAGCGAGCGAGAGAGAAAUGUCUAUUUGUAAGUUGAAUGUGGGCUUUUGCUUUUCUGUUUUUCUAUAAAAGGAGGAACGAUGUAAAAACCCGUUUGUUUGACAAGAAAAAAAUGCCUCAUUAUCUAAUACUACUUGGAAUGAUUGUCCUUUAAUUGUCGUCUCUAAAAAAAUUUUCAUGGUUGUGAUACUAUUGUGGUCUUAUUCUUAUUCCCGUGUUUGUCGCUUACAAAAGUUUAAAAAAAGAACAAAAAAAGAAAAAAAAUAAUCAUAAAAAAUAAAAAUAAAAGAAUAGGUUACAUUCAUAACUAAUGAAAAUCCUUUUGUCUUUUUUUAUUCCUGCUGUCCGUGUUUUCACUGAUUUCACUGAAAAGCAUAAAAAUCAAUUUAGGAUUAUUAUUGUUCAUAUUUUUUUAACAGCAAAACCACCUUUUUUUUCUAGAUUUUAACUUAAAUUUUGGAUUUUCUUAAUCAGAUUCUGAAUUAUGGUUUUAUGGAGAGCAAACAUCAUUUGAUUCAUUUGUGGGCUAAGGUCGAUAUCCCACCUCAUCCACACGAGUGUUUUCCGUUUAUGUUUUCCUGGAGUUUUAGUUGUUCUUGUUUACGCACACAUCUGGGAUUAAAAAAAAAAUUCAACCUGUGCGUUACAGCUUUUACACGUGGAGAUUUAUGCGCGUCUCGGUGAAAAAACUGUCAAAUGAUGCAACCGGAGGUCGCGUUAAGGCUGCUGAAGCCUGACUGACUGUGUGAGGGUCUUUUGGUGUUUCAGGUUGUGACAUUUUCUCCUUCUGAGCAGUGAAAUCUGAGGCGCUGGAGGCUGUGGCCUCUGGGUUUGUGUGCAGCCCCCCUCCACCCCCCCUCCCCAAUAAUGUCAUCUUUGCACUGUUUUAUCAUCAUAUGUUUGUUUGGUUUAAACUGCUCACAGCUCAAACCACCGUACACUAGUUGUAAGGAGCUCCAGUUUUUUCAGUUUUUUUUCCAAAGAAAAGUCAGGAUGUGAGAGCAGAUUUGAGCGCUGUGUCACUGAUGCGUUUUAGUGUUUUAAAUGCGGCUUUUCUUGCUCACUUUGCUCAGUUCUGUUUGUUUUUUUUUUUAAGCCCCAGAGCAGAAACUUUCUGGAUAUUUUCCCCUUUACAUUUUCAGAUUUGACAUCUUUCCUAAACAAGAGUCAGCUUUUGCAGGCUAAUUGUGGUCACUGGUGUUCUUUCUUUGGCGCUGUGCAGUGUUUUCGUCUGUCUGUGGCUUUUUAUGUGUUAACAGGUGAUGACUUUGAUGGUGAGAUGACUCUUCUUCUCUGUUUUUUAAUCAUUCUGCCUCAUCUGAUUUUUUUUCUUUUUAAGAAUCAGAAAAAGAUGAUUUUUUUCCCCUUAAAUUUAGAGAUUUGUGCAUUUUUUCUUGGUCAGGGGCCAAAUGGUGAUGGCGCGUUUUUUCCACUACAAUUUCUGAUAUUUCCACCGUCAGGAGACUUUCUUUCUUCUUCCCCUUGGCGCUACCGUGGUUUAGAUUUUGAGUAUUUCAGAUGCUGGUGGCCGGGUUUGCGCCUUCUUGAUGCUAUUUUACAGCUGAAACUUAAACAAGGUUGAAAAUUUACUUCUUAAGUUUGGAACUAUUUCAUGUUGUGUGAAGUUAAUUAUUUAUUUUUGUGGUGUCAUAUUUGUACUAUGCAACGAUGUAGGCUUCAUGUAUAGGUCGCAGAUGCUUGGUUUGGUUUUUAAAUCUCUCCAAAUAAACACACACACACACACACA